UCGGCAGACAGGGGCUGUGGCUGGUGCUGGAUAGUCGGACUGGCCUCGGCGGUGGGGGGUUCGGGGGCUAUGAAAUGGCGGAACGCGGAUAAAGGUAGGGGACAGUCGCGGAAGGACGAAAAGAGGGGCGAUGGACGGAGGUCGAGAGUCGCGGGUUGGCUCACUCUGCGGCUCCCGCCGCUCGGGAGCAGACACGCGGGGCCAAAGACUAAUUUGAACCUAUUUUAUUAACAAAAACAAAAACAUACAUAUUUGUAAAUAAUACUAAAUAACACGCAAAUAAUACACAGCAACGUCUCCAAAGAAGUCUCUCUUACCUUACUCUUUAAAAAAAGGAAAACUCUUAGACCUCUGUAAAGCAAAAUAAAAAAAAAAUAAAUAAACGAAAAGAGUAUAUCAACAACAACAAUACAAGAACACGGAACCGCAUAACGACAAAGUAAACUAUUUCCAGUCCCUGUAAAUCGUUACGAAGCCUGUAUACGCGCGGAGAGAAGGACACGAGGAUAAAUUGGGAAUCAAAAAAAGAAAGAGAGAGAGAGAGGGAGAGGGAGAGAGAGAGAGAGCGAGAGGAGCGAAGAGGAUUAAGGAUCGACUGUUUGCCGAGGCUACCACCAGGUCGGGAAGUGUGCGAACGCAGCGAGGAAAGAGCAGCAGGUGAGGCGCGAGUGGCGAAAGAGGGAAGGCCAAACGCGAGGAAAGGGCAGCGUGAGGAAGAGGAAUACAAAAAGGCAGCCGAGGACGUAAGAACGCGCGAGGGGCGAUCGUAAAUACGCGUGUCAGCCGCGGGGCGAAUCUCGUUUUUUAAGUUCUCUCUGUACUCUGUGUGAUUACAUUAUUUUGUCCCUCCGGGUGGGGACGGGUUCAGUGUUGUAACUUAGGAUAUAAGACGAAUAAGAGCUCCGGAACGCACAACAUACUUACAAAAAAAAAAAAGAAUCCAAAGGAAAGAGGGCUAGAGAGAAAGAGAGAGAGAGAGAGAGCGAGAGAGAUUGAUUGAUUGAUUGUUUGAUAUAGGGACAGAACAAACGAAGGAGAGUGCGUGCGUGUGUGCCUGUGUGCGUGUCUGCGGGGCGAGAGAGUCAGAGAGAUUCGGAGAAAGGAGGACUGUAUCGCAACGUCGUGUGACGAAAGUCGAAGAGGGUCAAGAAGGGUGGAAAGGUGAAGAUCGCGAGAUAGAGAAUCGUUCCGGUAACCCGUGGUGUAUCUAACGCAAAUCGGGGGCUCCAGUUUUCUAUACUAGCACAAAGAAGCUUGUCAAGAGGAGAAAGAGAGGGAGUAAGGUGUAAGAAGCGAAAAAAAUAUAAAAGGUCUUCGGUCGUAAUCUCGGGGUUUACCGUCAAUCUCCACGUGUGUCGUAGCCGUGUGAACGUCGCGUUAUUCGCUCCGCGGGUACUCGUCGAGUUCAUCGUUCGCAAACUCGAAAGCAAACCCGACUACGAACCGAGGGUAGACAGGUGUCGAACGGACAAGCUGGCUCGCGUACACGAUCCUUCGGGGGAUAUGUCCUGCCGUUCUAAGGGGAACCACUGCCCACGUGCACGAGCCUCACGCAGAGGGCAACGUCAAGCGAGUCGUAUUUCCAUCCUAGAACCCGGCAGCAAGCACUCCUGACAAAAAGAGUGCCCCCGCAGCCUGUCACGGUCCAGGAUCGCGAACACCGACCACGGUCGAGUCGCCGUAUCAGCCGCACGCACGUCCAGACACACGAGGAGCCCGGGGAUGCCAGCGAGGGCACAGCAACGAUCGCGGUUCGCGUACGUUCAGGGACGAUGACGAUCGGCCACGAUCGUUAAGAUCCAGGAAGCGGUAGCUCGGACGAGCGCCACGGAAAUGGCGGGCUACAAUCAUUCGAAUCCACAGCGUGUCGUCUAUCACGCGACCUACCCGACGCCGCUCGCACCAAAUGGGGAUCCGAUAAAACUUCCGGAAAAUUUGGAGACCCUGCCACGAGCCGAGCAUUUUCCAACUCAGAGGCACCGAUGGAACACCAACGAGGAGAUCGCCGCCAUUCUGAUAAGUUUCCAAAGGCACGCGGAAUGGCAAAGUCGGGAGGUGAAGGUGCGACCGCGCAGUGGUUCGAUGUUACUGUAUUCGAGAAAGAAAGUCCGUUACCGGCGGGACGGUUAUUGCUGGAAGAAGAGAAAAGACGGCAAGACUACACGGGAGGAUCAUAUGAAACUGAAGGUCCAGGGGGUCGAGUGCAUCUACGGCUGUUACGUGCACUCGGCAAUCCUUCCGACGUUUCAUCGGAGAUGUUAUUGGCUACUGCAGAAUCCAGACGUCGUUCUCGUUCACUACUUAAACGUUCCUUACCCGGACGGUGAUGCAAAGCUAGCGGCGCUGCCACCGUGUCUCGCACUGCCGCCAGACAAGAAAGAAUGGACGCGAGACGAGCUGGCUUCGCAACUCAGACCCAUGUUCCUCGGUGGAGAUGACGAUCCGAACAAUCCUCAUCUCACACAACACUCGAAUCAUCCCGUCGACAUGAUAGUUUCGCAACUGUUGGACAGGCAGCGAGCGAACUCCACUUCCUCCACCACCAGCACUCAGCUUGCACCUAGGAGACUAACACCGGACAAUCAGGUUUCCUCGACUACCGGAGGUCAGCAAACGUCGACAACAGCCUCACCGGCUCCCCGCGUAUACUCAAGACAUUCCCAUACGACUCAAAGCCAACAGCCGGCUCCUCUAGUGUUAAGUUUGCAACAGAUUCAAGGCGGCGGCGGUCUUCUGAUACUCAACAGCCAACCGUACCAUCACCAGCAGCAGCAGCAGCAGCAACAACAACAACAGCAGCAGCAGCAACAACAACAACAGCAGCAGCAACAGCAGCAAAGCCAACAAGUGGAGAUGCAACAGGUCACGGAGCAACAAAUCGUACAACAGACGAGCGUCGACAGAGAACAACAGACCCAACAGGAGAUCGACGCCCAGGAGAGUAUGGAUCGCUCCUCGGUGCAAACGUUGCCAAUUGGUGGCGCUGGCACAGAGGUCACCGAUUUCGCCGAGACCUUGGAUCUAAGUCAAGAGGACAUCCAGCGAACGUUAUCCGCCAACAUGGUGCCACCUUCCCCGUCGCCGUCACCGGCGGACAAUAGCAUGAUCAACCCGAUGGACUUCAUCGACUCGUCGGACGACGUUCUGGUUAAUUUAGACGCGUUCGACGUGUUUGGCGAUCUACCGGAGCUGCACGAUUUCGAGGCCGAACAGACCAAGGCCGAGGGGAGAGGCGAAUCCGAUAACGACGUGGGAUGUCAUCCUGGAACAACCGUCCAUAUUGCGGAGUAUAGUCCGGAGUGGAGUUACACCGAGGGUGGUGUGAAGGUAUUGGUUGCUGGCCCCUGGACCGGUGGCAGUAACUCUCAAUCGUAUUCGGUGUUGUUCGACGCUGAACCGGUUGAAGCCUGCUUGGUGCAGCCAGGUGUCUUGCGUUGCCGUUGUCCUGCUCAUGCUCCAGGCAUAGCGUCUCUUCAGGUCGCGUGCGACGGGUUCGUCGUCUCUGACAGCGUUGCCUUCGAGUAUCGAAGAGCACCGACGUCCGAGCCAAGUCCAGAGAGAGCUCUCUUGGACCGUUUGGCGGACGUGGAGUCUCGUCUUCAGGGGCCUGGUCCACCGUCACCCGCGGUUCACUUGGAAGAGCGACUAGUCGCGUAUUGUCAGGAUGCUGUUGUCCGUCCGUGGCGAGCCGGAGCGGAACCGUUACAAUCCGGUGGCCCUACCCUGUUGCAUUUGGCCGCUGGAUUGGGCUACUCCAGGUUAGCCUGCGCCCUCCUCCACUGGAGAGCGGAAAAUCCUAGUAGCGUAUUAGAUGCCGAAGUUGAUGCCCUCAGGCAAGAUAGCGCUGGUCUUACGCCACUUGCUUGGGCUUGUGCCGCGGGACACGCGGAUACUGCCAGGAUAUUGUAUAGAUGGAACGCGAUGGCGCUUCGUGUGAGGGAUUGCCAGAAUAGAAGCGCGACCGAGUUAGCGGCGGAGAACGGCCACACGGCGAUCACGGAAGAAUUAAAUCGACUCGAAGCCAGAAGGCAAGACGAGAGGCUUUUCUUGCGACCGGCCAGCCCUAGCCCUAGGAGGCCAUCUCAAGACAGCGGUCUCGAUCUGGCGUUGUGUGGCUCGCCGCUGCUGGACAACAUGGAAUUGUUGCAAGAGGAUGACUCGUCAUUAGCCCUCAGCGAGCAGGGAAUGGAGAGCGCUCCGACCCCUCAGGAGACUGUAGGGGAGGAAGACGCGAGGGUGCUGACAUUGGCUGAGCAAAUUAUAGCGGCGCUACCGGAAAGGAUCAAGAGAGCGGAAGGCGAUUCUCCGUCUUCUUCCUCGCCACCUCCCCCGGCACCGCCCUUGUCGCCACUGGAGGACGCUCUGAUGGAACAAAUGCCUCUGGAUUCUGGUGAAUUGUUCGACUCUUAUCGCGACUGCAGCGGAGGUGCGGCAUCGGUGUCAGACGUGGAUGCCGAUGCCAGCCCCUCGAGUCCAUCCAGCAGCUGUCUGACACCGGACUCGCCCUCGCCUCCGCCCACCACGGCCGACUUCUGCGAAUUUCUGCAGCUACAGCUGCAAUUGGACAGCGGAAACGGGCACAACGGGCAAUACUAUACUGGCGAACGGAAGUACGGUAACGUGAUGGGCUCUGGAAUGUGCGGGGGUGUGACAGGUGGCGGUAACGGAGCCGGCGACGGAAGCGAGGCGGACCUGAGCAGGCUCACGCUGUCCGAUCGCGAGCAAAGGGAGCUCUACCACGCCGCCAGAAUGAUCCAGAAAGCCUACAGAAAUUACAAGGGACGCCAGAGGCAGGAGGAGGCCGAGAGACACGCCGCUGUCCUCAUUCAGCAAUAUUAUCGUCGACAUAAACAGUACGCUUAUUAUAGACAAGCCACGAAAGCCGCGCUGGUGAUACAAAGUAACUACCGGAAUUAUCGGUCGCGUCCGGGGUCGGCCAGCUCGAGGCAGCAGGCUGUUCAUCAGCAAGCCGCCCAUCAGGCAGCCAGGAAGAUCCAGCAGUUCAUGAGACAGUCGAAAAUCAAGCUGCAGAACGCCAGGGCCGCCGCAAGCGUGAACGGGAGGCCGCCAGCGGGCAUUUUACGGGCGGUUGCUGUCCCCCAAAGCUCGCCCUCAUCUAGCCCAGGGGCCAGCCUAGUAGCCGCCAACCCAGAGGUCACUUAGUCGACCGUCGAUCGAACAACGCGCAGAACGCCGACGACACACCGGAAGCGAAACAAUAGAGCCUAGACAUUCGCGAAUAUCGAAUAUCCGGUCGUCGUGUGGAACGUCCAAGGGAUUUUUUGUUUUUGUUCGACGUUUCCGGGCGAGCACCGAGGAGGUUCACCACCGAUAAGAAAGAGAGUGAGAGAGAGAGAGAUAGAGAUAGACGAAGAAGAGAAAGAGAGAAAGAUGUUGACGACCACCGAAACCACGGGACACGCUUUGCUCUCUACAAUCCCUGAUUGAACAUGUACCUGCCUUUGAUCUAAAUCUAUCCAACCUUUCGUAUAUUUGUCCCACAGUUCAGCUCAAGGAUCGUGCCUCGUCCUGAUCUUCUACUACACACACACAUACAUAUAACACACACUGUACACUGAACACAGACGUUCCGUUUUGUUUCAAUUACUCGAUGCUGCCGUUGUUUAAGUAUGUCUUUCUCUGCAUUUUUUUGGUACGGUCGACGCUGACGCUAAGCACAGAGGUAGGUGAUUAAUCAUGGGCGCACGCGGCGUAUGGUUGGUGGAAUAAAUAUGUUAGCGAAUUCAAUCUGGUGGUUAACAUAUGGAAACUAUGUCGAACAUUUUUUGAUACCUAUUGUUCGGGUCUCUUCAUGUAUUGUUUAAAAAGGGUAUUAAUGUACGAGAAGUCGAACUGAUGGUUAGCAUACGGAAGCUGUGUCGAAUCUGAACAUUUUUUAUCCCUAUUAAUCGGAUCUCUUCGUGGAUUAUUUAAAAAGUGGGUAAUAAUGUAUUAGAAGUCGCUGUUUCUUGAAGAAAAGCGAGGUCGAGUACUAAUAAUUAGUAAUAUCGUCUUUUCGUUCAUCUUGAAAUGUUCAAUUUAAAUAUGUAAAUGUAUGCUUGUUGUCUUUUUAAAUUAAUCUCUUAACGUAAAGCAAUUCUAACGUGACCCAUUUGCUGAAACUUUGUUUUCGACCAUGGCGAAUGGUGCGGUUAAUUCAGAUUAAAACAAGUAAAGAUGUAAUUAUUUCAAAGCUUUCGUGCAGGAUACGAGCAAUUUAGAAUAGAUUCAAAGGAUUCCUUUCUGGGUGAUAGGAUUAUAAACCUUUGCUCUUCUAUCAUGUUAAUAACAGCUCUGGUUAACUUUAUUCACCUACCUCUUGAAACGUAACAUAACAUUUAUAUCACAAAUAUGAAAUGUUAUCCAGACUUAUUCUGCUGUGUACAGAUAAUAUGUAUCAUUAAUAUUGGUUAUUAAAGUGACAUCUAGUCGGCUUAAUGUCUCUAGCGCUAUUGUAGAGGUUUUUAAAGCGUUGGUUUCAGUCAAUCGUGUCGAUAUAGAAAUUCGUUCACUUAACAACGUUAUCACUGGCUCUUAUCACAGGUGUAAGUGUGCAAACUAGUCACGCAGAAUUAAAAAUUUUAGAGAUGGUGCAAAAUUUCCAUCGGACAUUAAUCAUUCUUAAAUAUCUCGAAACUACAUACUUGAAAAACAGGAGUAGGAAUUUUUUACGAAAUUUUGAGAAUAAUUUAUUUAUUUAAAAUGCUGUUCUGUCGACAACAAAUAGAAAUGUAGUCAAUAUUAACCUAACGAGCCUCAGACACAUGGGUAUCGCUUUACAGAACCCUGGAAAAUUACUAUAUUUGUUCCAUCGACCAUACGUGAUCGGACAUCGCAAAAAAGUAUCAACGAUCGCGUUCGUCGCCUUCCGCUCACCGAAGCAUCGAUCGUCGUCGACUUAUACUUUAUGACUGAGAGUACAAAAGAAGCCAUGUUUCCGUUGAAACCUUUUUGGGAACGACUGUUUUUGCAUUGUUUUUGCCGAAUUAGCUAGUUUCUCCUAUUUGUUUUCUUUUUCGUAUCGCCAUAAGUCUGACGCCGAAAGCGACCGAAUAGUCUUCGCAUUCGAGAUCUAUUUUAUCCGCUCUCGUUGCCUAUCGGUCGAACGUUUCGCGAGGGUUUCAGUUAAUCAGUUUUCGUGUUCCUACCUUCGCUUAGGGAUGUUCGAUUUUGAGUAAAUAUUCCAGAAAGUCUCUUUUUAGAGCUUUAACGAAUCAAUUCUUGCAUGUUUAAUUCUGGCAACAAUCACUUCCUUAAGAAGUAAGAAAGUUAAUGAUAAGAAUUCUGAAAAUCUGGAUCGGAAAGAGUUAAAAAUCUUGUGAAGUGUGAUUUUAGGGCAUCACUUUACUGAGAUUUUGAUUUUUUUUACACGUAUGGUAAAAGUAAGUACUUUAAUAGUAAGUAAUAAUUUUGAGACCUAGAAUGGAGUACUUAUCUUUAAAAACAAAGAAUAUUACGGUCUACAAUAGUAGUCGAGUAUCAUUGGACCAUUCACAAGCUGUACUAUUUUUAAUUCCUCUAUCGUAAUGAAAUCUUCGUUUAAUUUCUAGUUAAUUUUUACAAGGACCGUUGGUAACCAAACGAGAUACUUUUUCGAAUCGAUUUUCGCAGGACUCGACUUCUUAGCGAAUCUAGUCACAUCGACUUAAAAUCCAGAAUUGACUUUUUUUUUUACAGGAAUCGAACAUCUCUACUCUCACGUACGAAGGAGCAACAGUAUUUUGUAAGACUUAGCACGUCGUGGAAUAAAGAAUCUUUUUUUUUCUGUUUUUCUUUUAAUCGUAGAAUUUAUUGUUCUCGGACAUUCGUUUAAUUUAUGAUAUGUUCUUACGCAUGGAUCUCAGCGAGAAGUGUGCUGGGUGCUUCUUACGAUUGAGUACUGAACGUGUUCUGAGAGUCACGAGAAAGGAGCCUCGAUGCAACGUGAGUUUUAUUUUUCCUUUCGUUUGCGUUCUUUUUCUUGUGUCUUCUUUCUUUUUCUUUCAAUUGAAAUCGAACAUGACGCGAACGCGACGACGCCGUGACGUCGAGACGAUGCACUAUCGAUACUUGUACCGCGAACGUUCGUCGAGAAUUAUAAUCAUUCUAUUUAGACAUGGCGAGCGAUGAUCUCUUCCCCAGGCGCGAAAGUUUUCUUUCGUCGUUUGUUACGGGAAAAGGCAAUACACACGUUUCAGGUCGACGAAUAAGAAGCACCUUAUUUUCGAGGAGGAAGUCCGGUGUAUCUGAGAUUUAGGAAGAGAGCAAGAGAGCGAGAGAGCGAGAGAGAGAGCGAGAGAGAGAGAGAGAGAGAGAGAGAGAGAGAGAGAGCAUGAACGCGAGUGAUCGUGUGAACGAGGAAGGCUGCUAGAGAGAAAGAGAGCUAGGGAGUGUUUAAACGAGGUAAAAAUGAGAGAAAAGCAAAGUAAGCAAAAAUAAGUAAAAAAAAAAAACUAUUAAGAGCCCCUUCUCCGUUCGAGGGAGGGGGGCGCUUCAUCCACGGGCUGUGCUUAAAGUCACAGUAUAAUCAACUUCGUAGCGUUACAUUUUAGGAUAAGAAUAGUCGAUUACAUUGUUACAAACUACCUACCGUUUCUCUCUCCAGUAGGGGAUUUUUUUAAAGGUUCUUUAGAUAAAGAUAAAAAUAGAGGUAAAAAAAAAAAUUGAUAAAAAUGUAAAACGAAGACGCGAGAAGAGGCGAACGACAUACGCGAAGAAGAAAGGGGAUGAAUUUAAAUUAAAAAAGGAAAGGGGGCGUCGGCGAGGCGGAAUAUAUUACGUGCAACGGGGGCACAGCCGUGGUACCUCGCGUUCGGAAUCGAUUAAGAAGACAAAAAUCUAUUGUGAUAAAUUAAAUGGUGAUCCAAGAAAGUAUUUCCGCAGAAAAUACCGCAAACGAAAUAAAUUAAAAAAAAAAAAAACGUAAUAAUAAUUAAUGAAAAUAAAAAAGAUGUUGCAAGCUGAAUCCAACGUCUCGACGUCCAUCGGGGAGGUGGGAGGGCGGUUUGGGGGGUGGACCGCGCUAGCCGCCCGAGACGGUGAGAAACAGGACAGACAGACAGACAGAGAAAUUCUUUCAGUAAUUACGGUGAGCCGAGAUUUUUUCACGCCGCGUCGGGACACUGUCGACGAUGGUAUGAUCGCGAUCCUCGUCUUCGAUUCGACUACAAAAAUUAAAGCGAGGAGCGAUGAAAAGGGCGAACAAAAAAUGGCGAUCCCAGCGUCGCUUCUCCGGGCGUUAUUCGCUGAGGGGCUGGCGCGUGCACUAGGAUGGUUCUCGUUUAGCGUGGUGUUUGAACUGUUGCGGAAUGCCGCGUGCGUAAGUGAGAAAGAAAAAAAAAAUUGUAUAAGAAUACUGUACACACGAGUCAAUUCCAACGAGCAUUUUCAUGCCACUAAGCUUAAAGAAUUAUUAGUUGAUAAUGAAGCGAAUAAGAAACAAACAAACCGAUACAAAAGAAAAAAAAAAUACGAGAAAAACGGGGGCGACGGGACGAAUGGGAACGGUAAUAGAGAAAAAAAAAAAAUGCUGAGCGAACGCUGAUGAAACGGAGGGAUAAGAAAUUCUUACACACUCUUUUAAUCAUUGUUAAUUAAUUAAUUAAUUAAUCACGAUCCUAUCGAUACUUAAAACGAGACGAGUAAAAUAAUAAUUAUUAUUAUAUACACAAAACUAUUAUUAUAUUCAUAUUUUUGCUUAUUACAUAUUUAAGACAACUAUUAAACGAGGGCUAGCGAGUAUAGUACGUUUGAUGAAAACGUUUAAACAGAAAAAUGUAAAAAAAAAAGAUACCGAAGUGCGGGCUGGAAGGGGAGGGGUAGGGGUAGGGGGAGGGGUGUUUAGGGACGCGAGAAGGAAAGCGAGGCCGAUGACGAAGGAGAAAAAAAAGUCUCACCUAUAGGAAUAUUUUUAGUCUGUCGGGCUUGUGUACAACUUCGUGCGUGGCAAUCAAGCGUCGAAUUUUAUGAUAAUGAAUUAAAAAAAAAAAAAUAUAUAUAUAUAAUAAAGGAACAACAUAACGAACCCUUUCGGGAGAAUAACAGGCGAGGUAAGGAGAUAUUAAACGAACAAAAAAAAGACAGAAAUUCUAGCACCGUAACACGCCGAAUUAAACGGGUUUCUUUGGCAGUGGGGCCCGAUCGCUAAAACGGCGGUGUCGUCGCUUUUCCAGAAUUCGAAAACCUAUUGAAGUAAAUUGAUUACCGAUACUAACGGUAACGGGGAAACAGUAUCUGCACACAGUAUUUUUCAGUCGCGAUCGAUACGGAAUUUCCCACGAAUGGAAAAGUCGACGCCGCUCGGACAAAAUAUUUCACAGUUCCCCCCAUUAUUAUUACUAUUCUAGGAAUCGCAUUAUUACCACGUACACGAGAAUGAGGAUUAAAAAAAACAAAUACCUUAUCGAGGUACGGAUGAAGGAGCGGGAAAAAAAAAAGAAAACGAGAAAAUGCUAAAAAAGAAUUAAUUAAUUAACUAAAAAAAAAAAAAGACAUCGCUAGGGUAGGCGCUUCGAGGAAUACAUAAACUUUAAAAGUCACUUAAUACAAAUUAUUCUCAAAAUAUUAAAAAAAAAAAAUAAAGUUUAAUAAGUAAACAAAUUUUUAAAUCUACCUAAGAAAGCCAAGAGUCAAAGACGACUAGAUGAUAGGAGCCGCAUGGCCUAACUGCUGCCACUUUAAUUAAUUAAAAGAUAAUUAAUUAUAACUUUAUUACUACUUAAUUAAACUCGAAAUACAGAAAUGAGAAUUAUUAAAAAAAAAAAAUAAUUAAAAAUAAAUAAAACUAAUGUCAUGCCACUUUUCAAACUAAACUUUCUAGAUGCAGAGACGAAUCAGUAGGUAUAGUGAAACUAUUAAGCGAAACUUUUUCUUCUGAUUGGGAAUGAUUGAUUCGCGCUAUAGAUUCGAAUAUUUCCAAUUGUCCAGUCUCCACAGAUAAAUCGCACGAGUUAUGUACGCGUGUAAGAUGUCUGGUUAUGAACCAACACGACCGUCCAUCCGUAAUCGGCACUGCAAAUUCGUACAAAAGAAAAAAAUGAUACAGAAAUGACAAAUGAAAAACUUGUAGUAGCUUGUCGUUCGACGAAGGGAAAAAAAGUUCAACGCCCCGAAACAACGCAUCAGUUCGCGCGAAACGACGUUGCACCCGAAACGAGGAGACGUUUUGUUACUAACGAUUCGAUCGACUAUGAAAAAAAAAAUAACGUUGAACGAAAUUUCUCUACGAAUGUUUUUUCUGCUUUUUUUCCCUCUCUCCACGGAACCACUAAUCGAACUCGAUCCCACGAGCCACAACGUCGUGUUGGUGUGUCGCGAGACAUCCUGUAGGACGUUUGUAUCACGAUGUCGAAAAGGUCGAAACGAUCGGAUAUCGGUGCCUAGCUCACGUUGUUCUUACUCACUGUUCCUUGAUUAAGACGGUCACUUUGUACCUGCUUGCUGCCUGCCUGGCUCCGUGCGUUACAUAAAACAUAUUUCUAGUCUUUAUCGAGGUGUAAUCAACGCUCUUGUAAUUUUACUCGAUAUAAAAGUAAACAACAACAAAUCAACGUCCAAGCAUUGUCGCGUAAUUUCGUUUGUGAUAAAACGUGUGCGAUUUUUCUACACGGUAUCGAGGAAUCGUAACGCCGAUCGAUUGAUUUCUUCAAUAUUUUCCCCCCCCACCCCUCAUUCGAUUCUCGCGACGAGCGACUAUCCCGGAAGGUUGAUGGUUUCGACAGCUGUUUCGACAUCUGCAUCCCAGCCGACGUAAACCGCGUUCGAAAAUUCACGAAGCCGAUUUCCUUGGGGCUCUCCUCGUUCGUCGCGCGAGUAAUCUCGCGUCAACGCAAAAAAUACAAAAAAAGAAAAACAAAAAACUGAAAGAAUGAAGAAGCAAGAAAUGAAACGGAAAAGAGAAACAGUAAACGAUGAAAGAAAAUUAAUUAUCGACCCGACAGAAGCGAACCGAGGGAAUUACUUCCGCAGUGAAUUUUUGAACGAAGGCGGCAAUAAUUAAAAUGAAAAAAAAAUAAGUAAACAGGUUCGUGCUACUUUUAGUGGAAACGAAUAAUGGUAAAGGCUCCAUCUCUUGUAAUAUUUUUAUUAUCGCAAACGUAAUAUAUUACAUUAUUAAAUUAUAUUAAAUAAAGAAUUACGCCACCGUUUAUUAUUUAUUAUUGACUAACGUUCAACUAAUAUUGUAAAUAAUAACGAAAAUAUUUUAUCUAUAUUUCCGAUCCGGGGGUGUUGGGCGGGGCAGCGUAUUACCUCUUGUCCGCCCUUCAAGGCGAUCGUUGCGAUCGCCGUUCGCCCGCCCCCCUAUUGUUACACCAUUUCAUCAUUGCAUUUAAUAAAUUAUAUAUUUAUUGA